AGAUUUGUAAUCACAUGAUCAUUUAAGAAAUGUUUUUUUUAAAAAUAAUUGUAUCAAAAAUCAUUUUUUUUCGUCCAUACCCUACCAAAAAGAAUAUCAUGAUCGAAUGGCUAAUUUAAUGUAGAGUGUUAUUCAAGGAAAAUUAGCCACGAUUAUCGUAAUCUCACAAAUUCUGUUCACACAUUAUAUUAUCUAAUAUAGUACUCCAUAUAACUUCAUUUAUUAUAUUUGCUUGUUUGAUUAGCCUUUUCCCAAUGUCUUCCUUAUAGAAGCAAAGAACAAAGGAGUUCCUUCAAACCAAAUAUCCCAAAUUACUAAGAUAUGUUAGGAUUUAGUUUGUUCUUUAAUAUCUUCUAUUAUCUUUCUAUUUCUUAUUCGACUCUCUCUUUCAAGAUUCCAUGGAAGAUCUUAACACAUUUGCAGCUGAUUGCGUCGUUGUAUCGUGUUGUUGCAACUGUCUUGUUCUCCAGAUGGCGAUCUUCAUCUUCCUUGGACUUCCUCAAAAGCUUGUCAAGAACACAAGAAAGUGUUACACAAAAUGGGGGAUAAAUCGAGGAAUAAAAAGCAUGGGGCUUUGUUGUGAAUGUCGAGAAAAUACCGAGGUUGAUUUGGAAUGGAGAAAAGAGUCUAUGAUGAGUAUGGAGAUGGAAGGUUUUGGGUGUAUUGAAGAAGUUGAACAAGCUUUAGAGGAGUUUUCAAAGAAUGGUGAGUUUUUGUUUGGAAGCUUCUGGGGACAAGAGAGGGUUCAAAAUUCUUCGUCAAUGUCAAGUUGUGUUAAUGACAACUUUGACCUAAGAUUUGUAAGUCGUUAUGAGAUAAUUGAAGAAAAUUUCUACUCCUUGGAUUAUAUAUUCACAACUUCACAUAAAUUAUGUUGAAAUUAAUGGACAUAAAAAUACAUAUCCACUAGGCUUUU